GCCCCGGCCGUGCGCCAGCCUCGCGGGGCCCGAUAGCAUGGGCCGGCCCGGCGGCGGCGCGGCCACGGAGGCCACCAUGGACCCCGUGCGCAGCUUCGAGCGGUGGAAGAAGAAAUACACCCGGCGGACGAAGAGGUUGCGGCUGCAGCGCAAGGAGAGGAAGCGGCCCGAGUGGCAGGUGGAGCGGGAGAACAUCGGCCGCCUGGUGCAGCGCUACCCCGAGAUAAAUGCAAGUGAAAUCCAAAGAUUUUCAGAUUUUCCGUUGUCAAAGAAAACACUUAAAGGACUGCAGGAAGCUCAGUAUCGUGUGGUAACAGAGAUACAGAGGCAAACCAUAGGUUUGGCUUUACAAGGUAAAGAUGUACUUGGAGCUGCAAAGACUGGAUCGGGCAAAACGUUGGCUUUUAUUGUUCCAGCUUUGGAACUCCUGUACCGCCAACAGUGGACUUCAGCUGAUGGCCUGGGGGUUUUGAUAAUAUCGCCUACCCGGGAGCUUGCGUAUCAAACCUUCAAGGUUCUGCGUAAAGUGGGGAAGAAUCAUGAAUUCUCAGCUGGCCUUAUCAUUGGAGGAAAGGAUCUGAAAGAAGAGUCUGAAAGAAUCCAUCACAUAAAUAUGCUAAUUUGCACUCCAGGACGGCUUUUACAACACAUGGAUGAAACUUCCUAUUUCUAUGCAUCUGAUCUACAAAUGUUGAUUCUUGAUGAAGCUGACAGAAUUCUAGACAUGGGGUUUGCUGAUACAAUGAAUGCAAUCAUAGAAAAUCUGCCUAAGAAACGCCAGACCUUACUUUUUUCUGCAACACAAACAAAAUCCGUGAAGGAUCUUGCACGGUUGAGUCUGAAAGAUCCAGAAUAUGUUUGGGUUCAUGAGAAAGCCAAAUUCAGUACCCCAGCAACUUUGGAUCAGAACUAUGUUGUCUGUGAGCUUCAGCAAAAAGUAAACAUGUUAUACUCUUUCCUGAGAACUCAUUUGAAAAAGAAGAGCAUUGUGUUUUUUGCAAGCUGUAAAGAGGUUCAGUAUCUGUUCAGAGUGUUUUGUAAGCUUCAGCCUGGUCUUCCUGUCCUGGCACUCCAUGGCAAGCAGCAGCAGAUGAAGAGAAUGGAAGUCUACACUUGUUUUGUUCGGAAAAAGGCAGCAGUGCUUUUCGCUACAGAUAUUGCAGCUCGUGGCCUGGAUUUUCCAGCAGUGAAUUGGGUCAUUCAGUUUGAUUGUCCAGAAGAUGCAAACACGUAUAUCCACAGAGUGGGAAGAACAGCCAGGUACAAAGAAGGUGGUGAAGCUUUGUUGGUAUUGCUUCCUUCAGAAGAAAAAGGCAUGGUGGAACAGCUGGCUCAGAGGAAGGUACCUAUCAGUGAAAUCAAAAUUAAUCCUGAAAAACUUACAGACAUCCAAAAGAGAAUGCAAGCAUUCUUAGCUCAAGAUCAGGAGUUAAAAGAGAAAGCUCAAAGGUGUUUUGUAUCCUACUUGCGUUCAGUUUACUUAAUGAAGAAUAAGGAAGUAUUUGAUGUUUUCAAAUUGCCUCUAGCAGAAUAUGCCCUAUCACUUGGUCUUGCAAUGGCACCUCGUGUGAGAUUCCUUCAAAGAGUUCAGAAGCAGCUGUAUGUGAAUGAGGCAGCCAAUGGGACAGAUCACUUGGAGGAGACAGAGCAAAAUGAGAAUACCCUCACCUUGGUAAAUGAGGAAACAGUGGAGAAAUGUGGAACUAGUUUCAGUGGAGAAACAUCUGUUAAUAAAACAAAGGAAAAGCAGAGAAGAAAAGAAACUGAGGAAUGUUCUGCUUCCAGUGGAAGUGCUGAGGAAAGUGGCGAGUCUGAGGAUGAGUCGAAAGAGCUGUCUGAGGAGGAGGAAAAAGAGAUUCAUGUACCUAACAGGGUACCAAACUCAGACUCCAUGCAGUUCUUUGAAGAUGAUGACGAUGAUGAUGAAGAUGAUACUGAAGGUCUUGAUUUGCUGACAGUGAAACAACGGGAUGUUUUUGGUGUGGAAGCUAAAGAUAAUCCAGCACUGUUAGUGCAGCAGUGGCCACCUGUGCAGAAAUCCAAUUUGGCACAAGGAGAUGAGGAAGAGGAUGCCAGUGGUAUCAACCUAGAUAAAGCGAAAGAAAUACUGCGUGAAGAAGACAAAUUUGACAAAGAAGAAUACAGGAAGAAAGUAAAGGAAAAACAUAGGAAGAUUGGUAUGCACCAGCUGUAUCAAAAUAAGAAGCGCAAUUGGAAGGACAAGAAGGCUGAAGAGGAAACAGUGGCCUUUCUUGCUCACAGUGGAAGUGAAGAAGAGUUUGAUCCAAGCACUCUCCCAGAUCCUGAUAAAUAUCCUGACUCUGAUGCAGAGCAGGAUUCAGAAAGUGAAGACAGCUAUAGUGAACUUGAGGAGAAGACUGGAAGAAAGAGGAGAAGCUAUAACAACAGUGUCACAGCAGAAGAAAUGCCACUGAAAAGAAAGAAGCAAUUCAGCCAAGAGGAGGACCCCUGUUUGCCAUUAGAUACUGGGCUUUCUCUGGCAGAGGAUGAAGAGCUUGUACUACAUCUGCUCAACAGUCACAACUAA